AAGCCUGAGGCAAUCCUGUGUGGCAUCAGUUGGGAAUCAUUUACACACGAAUCAUGUGGUGCAAACUUUUAAUUGUUGCAACCUGCCUUUACUUGGCGAAGGCGUCAGGUCCGAGCAUCCUCGGGGACGAAGAGUUAUUUCCUUCGCUAGAUGCGUCCAGCCUCGUGGAUGUGUCGCGUUCGGCUCGCAGCACCGGCUGCAGUUACUCCGGCUGCAACAGCUUCUGCCAAAAGCUCGGCCACGCCCGCGGCGUCUGCAUCGGCAGCUACUGCCAGUGCCGCUUCCGCAAGCGAAGAUCGUUGGAUGAAGAUGAUGCUGUUGCGCGUAACAUUGAAGCAAAAACUUUUGAAGCCGCCGAAGCCGCGCCUUCUUCAGAUUUGGUAGAUGAACCUAUUGAUGAUGGCGCAGCUAAAGUUGGAAGAGACAUAUCCUUGCCAAGUGAUGAGGAGAGUGUAGAUGCGGCUGAACAUGUUCGGGUGCGCAGAAGCUGUGGGGCAUGGGAGUGUAACAACCACUGCAAGAAGCUCGGCCACGCGCGCGGCGUGUGCAUCGGCACCUACUGCCAGUGCCGCUCCCGGAAGCGAAGAUCUUUGGAUGAAGGUAUUUUUACGGUGAGCAAAUCUUCGGCAGCUGACUCUUCCAAAGAUAACGACAUUGUCGCCAUGAGUGCUUCCGUUGUAGAUGAUCACAUAGAAAUUGAGACGAAGUGGGCCAGCUGUAACCUACGCUGGUGUGAACAAAUUUGUCGUCGAUUUGGAUUCGCUGGCGGUGUCUGCGCUAACGGACGCUGCAAAUGUGACAAUGGACGUUCGGCUGGCGUACUUGAAAACUCUAUCGAGGAUAACCUUGUUAGCCCCACGAGUGGUCUAGUUGGUGAUGAGCAAGCAGAUUCUGAAGUUGGUCAAGUGAAGGCGGGCGACUGUGACUUGCGUUGGUGUGAUAAAAACUGCCGCCGCAUGGGAUUCACUGGCGGCGUGUGUGUCAACGGACGCUGCAAGUGCGACAUAAACCUCGCUAAUAUAAUGCGCUCGGCUGUACCAGUGCCGUUCCAGAAGUUUGAUGACGAGCUGGAAGUCGAGACCGGUGCUCGGGCUUGCAACAUCGUCCCCUGCUUCAACUUAUGCCGGCGCCUCGGGUUCCGCGGAGCCAUGUGCCGCAAUGGGCGUUGCAUCUGCUUCAAUUGAUUCUAGUGGAACCCUAACUUUAACAUAAUUACUUCAUGAAAACUGCCAUUAUUGUCACUUUACUCGUACGUAAGCAAAGAGUCUAUGAGGUUCCAGUAUAGGAAUCGGCUAAGUCUGAUAACUUUAGUUGAACUUUUGGAAAACCCAAAGGUAAUGUGAAAAUUAGUUUUAGGAUGACACAGUAAUCACAUAGCUGCAGUCGUGUGAUGGUUUAUAUGGCCUUUGCCUUUAUUUGCGAAAUUUUUUUAAAGAUUAUCGUGUAAUAAUUAAACAUUUUUAAUAUGCAAUUCCACACACCAAAUGUUUAACUUUUACAAAAUUAUGUAUUAUUUAA